AUGCCUGACGCCAAAACACAGGCAGAAGCCCUAAUCCCUAGAUUCAAGCUUGAGCGUCUGCUCAACCAAGACCAGGCUGGCCGUCGUAGCUGCCUCUAUGGCACCAUCGACGGGCAGCCAGCCGUGUUAAUCCUCGAACGCGCCCCGUUUCCGAGCUCGACCGACUACCUGGCAGCGAUUCCCGGCAGCCUGCGUGCCAUCAAGAACCUAGGCGCCAAUGACAUCUACCACUGGUACCUGGCCAACAGCAACGGAGCCGACAGCGACAGCCACGAGUUCGCCGACCUCAAGAUCAACCUCAUCUGGCCGUGCACUGACAAGCACGUGCAAAAGUAUAGCAAGCAGGGAGUGCGGUUUGUCACGGAAACACCCCAAAUCUACCGCGACCAUGUUCGGCCCUUCAUGCAAGCGCAGCGCGAGGCGGGACGGCUCAACUGGGCCUACAACAUCAUCGAGGGCCGCAGCGAGGCCGAGGACGUCAUUUACCGGACACCGUACGGGCAGGACCCGGAUGAGGGCUUCCUGCUGCUGCCGGAUCUCAACUGGGAUCGCAGGACUGUCGAGGCGCUGCACCUGCUGGGGCUGGUCGAGCGCCGCGACCUGUGGAGCCUGCGCGACCUUCGCAGAAAGCACAUCCCCUGGCUGCAGCACAUGAAGGCCAAGAUCCUCGACGCAACCACAAAGGUGUACCCGACAGUUGAGGCGGACCAGCUCAAGCUGUACUUGCACUACCAGCCGACCUACUACCACCUGCACAUCCACAUCGUGCAUGUGGCACUCGAGGCCGGCGCCACCCAGGCGACCGGCAAGGCCGUCGGCCUCGACAGCAUCAUUUCCCAACUCGGGACGAUGCAAGGGGACGACGAGGCGGGCAUGGACGCCGUUACGCUAUGCUACACGCUGGGUGAGGCCAGUGACCUGUGGGUGGGCGUGUUUGAACCCCUCAAGAAGAAGAACGGUACAGCUUCUCAAUAG